CGCAGUUCUCAAAGCAAUUCAAACACAGCUUUGACUCUUCCAUAGCCACAUAUUUAUAUCAGCUUCAAGCUUACUGCAAUUCAUCCACAACGAUGAAGUUUUCUACCCUCUUUAUGCUCACUCUGGUGGGCUACUCCGCUGCUGCUGCACUCCAUGAGAAUCAGAAGCGUUGUGCAACCGGGCUGGAAAAUUGCGAAACCGAUGAUGAUUGCUGCGCCGAAUACUACUGCUUCCACCAGGGAUCCAACCGUCAUUUCUGUGCUGGGGGUCCAGGAACUUCUUAAACCGUCUUUCGUGCGUCAAUGUCCGUUUUAUGAGGCUCAGGAUCAUACACAUCUGACCACGGCAGCUUCACCGGAUGCUACGUUCCAAUAUACCUCGGAGCAGUUCGUCGAGAGCUGCGGGGCCAUCCUAUUCGACCUCUCCGACAACAACAACAACAAAGUCUGCUUGAUCCAUUACAACGCCAAAAACGAAUGGAUGCUCGCCAAGGGACGCCGGAACUGUGGUGAAUGUCGACAGGAGGCUGCACUGCGUGAAGCCCGCGAAGAACAGGCUAUCAGGCCCACCUUCACCCAGUUACAAUGCAUACUCAUGCCCCGCAAUUGAUGACGUACCUCGCUCAUACUCGGAUCUUAUCGAGCCUUUUAUGGUUACUGUGUGACAGCUUGGGAAUGAAGGAGUGAAGGAUGUCAAGAUCAUCUGGUGGUUUAUUGCUGCGCUUGAUGACGGAGUACUUCCUGAAUGUGGUGGUACUGGAGAGGAACAGUUCCCACCUGAAUUCUUGCCCUUGGAGGAAGCAGUUCAGAAGCUAAACUUUCAGGGUGAUC